UGGGUCACCUCCAUGGUGCUGUACGCUUCUUUCCUGGGGAUGGGUAUGGCUUCUGCUAUAUUAGGACCAACAUUUCAAGACUUGGCUGUAAAUGUGAACCAAAACAUCAGUGAUAUUUCUUAUAUUUUUGUGGGCCGUGCCUGUGGGUCUCUAGGUGGUUCUUUGAUUGGUGGAAUUCUCUUUGACCGCUUCAAUCAUAUUUUAAUUUUGGCUCUAUCAGUGCUGGGGACAUCUUUUGGUCUCUACCUUCUCCCUUUCUGCAAGAAAGUAAUAUUACUGGUUGUUUUGAUGGCUGGCCUUGGAAUUUCUACUGGAAUGGUAAGCAUAGGUAGCAAUGUGAUCAUCCUGCAUAUAUGGAGAGGUGAAGCAGCCCCUCAUCUGCAGGCCUUGCAUUUCACUUUUGCCUUGGGGGCCUUUUUGGCUCCCUUACUGGCGAAGUUGGCUUUGGGCAGUUCUGGGCCCUCUGAAAACCACACGAUAGCUGACAUGUCAAACUACUCUGAGCUCAGCCCACCACCUGUAGCCGACUCUGAAGUAAUAUUUGGAGUACCUGCUAAUGAAAAUUUGCUUUGGGCUUAUAUGGUUAUAGGAACUUAUGUUUUGGUGACAUUUCCAUUCUUUAUUAUUUUAUUUUUCCAAAAAAGUCCAAAUCAAGAGAAAACAAAAGCAACUACUCAGAAAUGUCAAACUGUGAAACAUAAGAAUGCUCUUCUUGGACUCCUUUUUGUGUUUUUCUUUUUUUAUGUUGGAACAGAAAUCACCUUUGGAGCUUACAUUUUCUCUUUUGCAACAUUCCAUGUUGGCAUGAGUGAAAGCCAAGCAGCAGGCUUAAACUCUGCCUUCUGGGGGACAUUCGCUGCUUGCAGGGGCAUGGCAAUCUGUUUUGCUACUUGUAUGCGGCCUGGAACCAUGAUUGUGUUAAGCCAUGUGGGCAGCUUGGCUUCUUCCCUGCUUCUGGUGAUUUUUGAUAAGAACCACAUUUGUCUCUGGGUGGCGACUGCAGUGUAUGGGGCUUCAAUGGCUACUACUUAUCCCAGUGGUCUUUCCUGGAUUGAACAAUACAUGACCAUUAAAGGCAAAUCUACUGCUUUAUUUGCAAUUGGUGCUGCCUUGGGAUCAAUGGCCAUUCCUGCAGUGGUUGGAGUACUUCAAGGAAAAUACCCACAUCUUCCAGGGGUUUUGUAUGUUUCUUUGGGGUCAGCUAUGGUAACAGCUGUUUUGUUUUCCAUCAUGUACAAAUUGGCCACUGCCCCUCUUGACAGCAAGAUUCAGGAAAGUAGAAGGAGUGAAGACCAGAAGCUGUCUUCUAAAUUUAAUGAUGAUGAUGUGGAAGAGGGUGCUGAAGAAGAAUGGAAUGAAGCUGAUUUUGAAAUGAUUGAAAUGAACAAUACGAUGAGGAAUUCAGUAAUAGAGACAUCUAGAAAAAAUUUGAAAGAAUCCCCAGUAGAAAUCUCUAGCCAAUUAUUGUCAAAUGACAUACCUUUCAGUUCUCUGGUUAUUACUGGCAACUCCCCUGUGAAGCACCUUAAUACAGACUGGGAAUAAAAUGACUAA